AAAAAAAAAGAAUAUGAGGCUCUGGACAAGUACUUCCCACCAGACUCUGGAGUGAGAGUCAUAGCUGAGCUGGGCAGAUACUAUGUCGCGUCAGCUUUCACACUGGCAGUCAACAUCAUUGCCAAGAAAGUAGUGUGGAAGGAGCAGACUGGCUCUGUCGAUGAGGAUGAGUCAAAUGAGCAAACCAUCAUGUAUUAUGUGAAUGACGGAGUCUAUGGAUCAUUCAACUGCAUUCUUUACGAUCGUGCACAUGUCAAGGCCCUGCUGUCGAAGAGACCCAAGCCAGAUGAGAAGUAUUACUCAUCCAGCAUCUGGGGACCAACAUGUGAUGGCCUUGAUCGGAUUGUCGAGCGCAGUAACCUGCCUGAAAUGCAUGUGGGUGAUUGGAUGCUCUUUGAGAACAUGGGUGCAUGCACCAUUGCUGCUGCUGCGUCUACUUUCAAUGGGUUCCAGAGGCCUUCCAUCUACUACGUAAUGGCGAGGUCAAUGUGGCAACUCAUGAAGCAGAUCCAGAGCCAUGGCUUCCCACCAGAAGUGGAGGAGCAGGAUGUUGGCACACUGCUGCCCUUGUCAUGUGCCCGGGAAAGCGGGAUGGACUGGUAUCCAGCAGCCUGUGCUUCUGCUAGUAUCAAUGUAUAGCUCUCACCUGCAAGUUUAGCUUGAAUUAAGGGAUUUGGGGGGACCAUUUAACUUAAUUACUGCUAGUUUUGAGGUCUUCGUAAGAGUAGGGGUUGCAACAGAUGCAGAAUGGAAGACUAGGAGAUGGGUCACACUUACCUGUGUUCCUAUGGAAACUUUGAAUAUUUGUUUUAUAUGGAUUUUUAUUCACUUUUCAGACAUAAUACUAACAUGCCCCUCAGUUGCUGAGCAAGCAUUUGUAGCUUGUACAUUUGGCAGAAUGGGCCAAAAGCUGAUGUUGUGACCCAUUUUGAAAAUAAACGAUCUUGAAAUAAUUGGGCAUCAGGGAAUGUUUGCAAGUGUCCCUUAAAGAAGGCACACACUUCCUGCACAGGCUGCUGUAGUCACAGCAGAGAAGGACAAGGUGGAUGGGACGAGGCCACACCCUCUAUACACAGCAUCCGUCUGCUUAGUCAGCCCCGCGUGCGUGCACUUGGCUGUGAAGUUGGUGCCCAGAGCCUGUUGGUGAGGAAUGUCAUCUGCCCAGAGACCUGAUGUCCUGGCCACAUCCCAGGGAGGGCAUCGGAGGCUCUUUGAACCUUGCCUGCAGAAACCCUGAAUGUUCCCCAACCCUUGACUUCGCCUGCAGACCACCUAGUAACAGCUGGAAGUAUCAUACAGCACUUGGCAAUCAACUUCCUGUAAUAAAUUCAACAGCA